AUGUUGAAACGAGAACUUGGGCCUGUCCGUUUUCCUGCAAACAGCGAAGAGGACGACCAAGAUUUCGGGUAUGGAGAGGAGGCAGACAAUGCUCCACAGAAAACACUUCAAAAUAAGAAACGAAAAUUGAUGAUAUCACAGACAUCCGUUUCCAAAACCGAUAAACAUGUACGAAUGAUAAUUGUUGAUUUUUCAAAUUUUUCUGUUCCAAAUGAUGAUAAUGAUGACUAUGAACAUAUCAUCCAACGAUUGGAAUUAUUAUUGAAUAACAAAUUCUCAUUGCAACAAGCCGGAAAAAAGAAAUGGCUUUUGAAUCGGGAAUUGGAAUAUGAGAAAUUCUUCCCAGUGGAGUUUAUGAAUGAUCAGCAAUUUGUGUUGAAUCACAUUAAAAAGUAUGGUUAUGGAUUGAAAUUUGCAUCCUCACAAUUACAAGAAGACCGUGAUUUUGUUCUGGAAGCUGUUCAACAAAACGGUUCAGAAUUACAAUAUACACAUCACAAUAUUCACAACGAUCAAGAGGUGGUAUUGGCAGCCAUAAAGCAACAAGCUGAUGCAUUUCAAUAUGCCUCAGAAUAUCUUUUGGAAAACAAGGAAUUUGUUUUGCAAGAAGUCUGCCAGAAUGGAAAUGCUCUGUGGUUUUCUGACCGUACACCAUUUCGUAGUGACAUUGAGGUUAUUUUAGCUGCUGUGAAGCAAAACGGUGAUGUGUUAGAGUGUGUUGUGGAACAUAAUUUGGAAAUUAAUGAAGAAAUUAUAUUUGAAGCUAUCAAACAAAAUAACAAGGUACUUCGAUGGGUGUCGCAAGAUAUAUUGUUGGAUCAUAAUUUCAUGUUGAAGGCUCUAAAUUUAAUAUUUCCUGAAUUAGUCACUUUUGAUUAUUCGAACAAAGCAAUACAACCACACGCAAAAAAUUUUUUAAUUUCUCUGGUGUGA